UCAGACCAGGACACCGGUAUGUACCCCAACUCACAGUCGGUCAGACACCCAUCUCAGACACUGUCACUGAACAAUCAGUACAUCCCGCCUCCGUAUGACUUCCCCGGUUAUCAUCACGUCCCGGGAGUCGGAGACCCGUCGACAAGUGGCUGGAGCAGCGUCUACGCUGCGCGGGAAGAGUAUCCGUACAGCUUCCCGGGGUCAAGCCCCAGCGCAGGGCAAGUCAGCUUCUCCUCCACGGAGAUGUGCGGCACGCCCACCGCCGCUGGAGGAGGGUCGUUCACCCCCUACAACUUUAUCUCCGGACAGGACUCCUUCAGCUCCAGGAGGAGACCACAUGAAUCCGUCAGACCGUCUGUUUCAGGAGUGAAGACUCGCACCAAGGACAAGUACAGGGUGGUGUACACUGACCAGCAGCGCCUGGAGCUGGAGAAGGAGUUUCAGUGCAACCGCUACAUCACCAUGAGGAGGAAGUCCGAGCUGUCAAUGGCACUGGGCCUCUCUGAGAGACAGGUGAAGAUCUGGUUUCAGAACAGACGAGCCAAAGAGAGGAAGAUAAACAAGAAGAAGCUGCAGCAUUCCCAGCAGGCCUCCACGACUACACCCACCCCACCUUCGCUGGGUGGACCCGCUGACACCCACAUCACCACCAGCCCCAGCAGCAAUCUUUUGUCUGACACAAUAUCAGAGGAAUACUAGGUGGAUUUUACAUGGACGACGGAUACAGCAUGAAAUAUGUACAUAGUGUUUUGUUUUAUAAGUUUACCACAGAAUGAAUGAAGACGAUUCACAUCAACAUGAUGAUAUAAUGCAGCACUUCCUGCCUUUCACCAUGACAAGCACUGUCUGUCUGUUGAUCAUUGAUCAUCUCUAGUGGACAUUUGCCAAUCACUGGAAGUUAAUGUGUUAAUAUGGCUCAUUAGCAGCACAGAGAAACUGAUUUUAAAGACAGAGAAUCACUGGAUAAAGUGUCAUUUGUCACACAUGUGUGCCUUCUUCAAGAAUUGUUGGUUAAAGUCACAAUGAAAAGGCAUUUGUGUCAAAUGUGUCUGUAUAUUGGUUUAUAGAGUGCGAGUGCAUCUGUAUAGUCAAGAAUCUGCUUCAUGAAUAAGAAAAAGGAAUAAUGUGUCUAUUUUUUAUGAGUUUCUAUUUGCUCUAACUGCAAGAGGACAAUGGAAAAUCAUACUUGCAAAUAAGUAGAAAUGACAAUGAAUAAUGCAUAGCCCUGCUACUUAUUUUUGGGGAUGUAAAAGUAUGUUAAUUCCUCUCUUUAUGACUGUUAGAAUUUACAGGAAAUAGAAAGAGAGCAAAGAGUGUUGCGUUUGUUACUACUGAAGAAUGUGAUGCCAAAGUUCAACACCACUUUAAUGUUCUUUCUGUUGAAAUAUUGAUGCAGGGUGUGUCUUGGGAAUAGAUCUUUCAGAAAUAUAAACCAAUGGGUUUCAGAUAGGGAGAGGAAAGCAGCUGUUUAUAGCAUAAUGUAAAGGGUGAAAGCACAGAAAUGUUAAAAACAGGAAGUAAAAUCAAUGAGAGUACAAAAAUGUUGUCAUUUGGAAUUCAUUAUUAAACAGCUGUAUACUAUGAAA